AUGAUGGCGUCUUUCAUCGUCGGACUCCUUGCGUGUAGCAUUAUACUGUAUCUCUUCAAAAUUUGUUGUGUUGACCACCUCGUCCUCAGUCCACUUAGACAAGUCCCUGGCCCUGCUUUCUUCGCCAUUACGAAGUGGCGUCUAGCUUACGAGGACUGGAGAGGUCGCCGCACUCGCACAAUCGCCCAGCUGCACUCGAGGUAUGGCCCAGCAGUCCGUGUAGGACCCAACGAGGUCUCAUUCAACAGCCUGAGUGCGCUGAAGACAAUCUACGGACCUGGAAGCCGAUUCGGCAGAACAUCUUUCUAUCGUAUGUUUGAGGUGUACGGAGAGCAAAAUUUGUUCACUUUCCAGUCCUCAGAAGAGCAUGGCGCACGUAAGAAGCUCCUCUCCCAUGCCUACUCGAAGUCUGCCAUACUUCAGGACAAGACGACCAAGGUGGUUGAAGACAUGGCUCGGCGUUACAUUGAGCUCCUAGACAAUGAGCCAAAUGGUGUUAGUGACGUCUUCCUGACUCUUCACUAUUACUCCCUGGACAGUAUCACCCAUUUCAUAUACGGGAAUUCCGGUUCAACAUCUGCUCUGCAGGGGUCCAAGUCGCAUCGCGGCCUCAUAUCCGAUGUUAUGCACCCCUCUCGCCGCAGACUGUCAUGGUGCUGGGUGCAUGUCCCUUCGAUCACUAGAUGGCUUUACUCACGCACAGGAGUCAAGGCACAUUUAGUAAAGCACGUCCUGCCCAUGCAGCCGCCAACGACAUAUACUGGCAUACGGGCUUUUGCUUUACAAGCAGUCAACCAAUUCAAAUUGGAUUGUCAAACGAGAAAGACUGUUGGCAAAGGUUCAAUCAUUGAGCAUCUUUGGAAAUAUCAUCAGUCAGAGCUCUCAAACGGCCUUAGUGUCACUCAGGUAGCGUCAGAGUGUGCGGACCAUUUUCUUGCGGGCAUAGAUACCACCAGUGACACACUCAUGUUCCUCAUAUGGGCACUUUCAUUGCCCGCGAACUGGAAGUUCCAGGAAAAGUUGAGGGACGAACUCUUGGAUAUCCCCGAGGAAUCACUCAAUCAUUACGGUCACCCCAGAACUGCCGCCAGCGACCGAUGUACAUACCUCCAAGCCGUCAUCAAGGAGACCCUCAGGCUUUAUGCACCGCUACCGAGUUCUGAGCCCCGUUCAGCCGACGCCACCUCUACGGUAGAUGGGUACACAAUUCCACCCAAUACGGUUGUCUCGAUGUCUCCAUGGAUACUCCACCGCAAUUCAGAGGUCUUCGAGGAUCCGUCAGUAUUCGAUCCCGAAAGGUGGCUGGGAUCAUCCGAGAACACUUGCUUAAUUAAAUUUGAAAAGUUUCGCCAAUGA